AUGAAAGGACCAUUUUGGAAGACUGUGACAUCGCACUUUUUCUUCACGCUUCUUGGCAUACUUUUCGGCAUCGCCUGGAGCUACUGGCCCGUUGGUGGAUUCUCCAAUGAUGGAUAUCUCUCACCAUCAGGUCACACUCCCGAAGUCUGGUCGUCCGAGAAUUUCACGUUCACUGGCGAGCCCUCCGCCCUAACCCAAUCCGCCUGGGCCUCCCUCAUCCCCAAAGGCAAAGGCUUCGUCGAACAUCCGCACAUCGCCUCCCCACCCAAAGCGGUCGCCGCAUACCACCAAAUUCACUGUCUCCACGGCAUCCGCAUUGCGUACUACUCUCGCGUCAACGAGCUGCACAAGCUGCAGGGCAAGCACUCGCUGAUCAACCACUACAUCGAGAAUAUGGGCGGAGAAAGGGGUCUGUAUCAUUUAGAUCAUUGCUUUGAGUAUCUAAGGCAUGCGCUGAUGUGUGCUGCGGAUAGUAAUCUAGAGGAUUUGGUUGUGGAUGAAGAGACGGGGACCGCAGUGGCGCCGGGGUGGGGGACGAAGAGGGUGUGUAGAGAUUUUGAGAGGUUGGGAAAGUGGAGCGAGAGAUGGAGGGCCUCAGAGGACGAGACAAUCUUAUGA